UAAAUCUUAACUUCAAUUAAUGAAAAAUAAAAUAAAUGAAAUAAAAUAAAUAAAAUAUACAUUGUGCUAAUAUUGCUUAUUGUGUGAAAGAUACUUUUUUAUUUGCUCGUCUUUAACUACGAGAGUGCAACGAUAAUACUUUCAUUCGGUGCUCACAAUACUUUCAUUCGGUGCUCACAAGAUAGGGCAAUCCCCAUAUUAUUAUUGAUAUGAAUGACUAAUUUAAAUAAUAAAAAACUAAUAUAAGUGAAUUUCUACAAAAAAAAAAAUUUUUUUUAAACAAACUAAACUAUUUGAACACUUUAAAAUGGGACAAAUGGAGGAGCAAAUAAGUCUUGAACAAUUGCUUGAUUGGGUAAAAGAUAUUGAACCGGGAAUCAAAUUUUAUAUUGAAGAGCAACCAAAACGUAGUUAUUCUGCAAGUUAUAAAUCCGAGGUUGGUCGGAACAAUCGUACUUUACUUGGUGAACAUUCCAAUAGAGAAUGUCGAACCUAUCCGACUGUUAAAUUAAUAGCACCAGGCAAUAGUGAAUGUUAUAUCGAAGUUAGUUUAUGUACUACGAACUCUAAAGAGGAUAACAUUAAAUUAUCUCCACAUUUACUUGUUCAAAAUGAUAUUAAUUAUAAACCAAUUUUCAAACCAAUGGAAAAGACGAAUCUUAAUCUUGAUGAAUUUUCAUAUGUAUUAAAUAAUUGUUAUAUAUUGAAUACCAUUCAGAAAGAGAGACGCGAUACACUUAUUAAAAAGUAUGAAGAACAUACAAAAUUACGGGUUGAAAGAGAUUUGGUAUUUAAUGAAAAGGAAAAUAUUAAAAAUAAAGUUAAUAAAAUAUGUGCUGAAACAUCAAAUCAACGUUCCAAAAAUACUGUGAACAGACAUUAUAUAUGUUUUACCGCCUAUGUCAAACUUUCGGAUAAGUAUUUUCGAAUUGCUGGACCAAUAUUUUCCAAUCCAAUUGUUGAUAAGGAAUUAAAAAUAAAACAUAUUAAUCAUAGCGAAGGUGAUAUAAAUGGUGGUACUGAAGUAAGACUGAUACUAGAAAAUGCUGAAAAUCAAUAUAGCGAUAUUAAUGUACAUCUUUUUGCAACACAACAAAAUGACAUUAUUUGGGAGUCUUAUGGCAUUAUUAAAUCAAUAACAGAUAAUGAAGUUAUAUUUGAGACACCUCCUUAUGAAGGUAUUUGUCAUUAUGGUAAUCAAAUUGAAUGUGAAAUAGAAAUUAUACAGUUGGUCGAUAAUUGGAAAAGUUCAAGCGUGAAAUUCAUUUACAAAAAUGAGGAACCAAAUAAAAAUGGUGCACAUUUAAAUUUACAAUAUAUAUGUAAUGAUUUGUGGCGGAUGAUUGAUAUAUAUGAUUGCAAUAUUUCUACUAUGGAUAUGGAUGUGAAUAAAAAAUUUAGUUUAUAAUAAUAAAAUUAUUUUUAUAUGUUAAAGCAAGAAUGAACAACAGUUCCUCGCAAUACUUAUUAGUGAUAUCAACAUAAUAAUUAACAAUAUCACAUGUAGAUUAAUAAUAAUAUUAUAAUCGUCAUUCUUAGCUUUUACAGUGUUUCUUCUGUAUGGACAUAUAGUAGCCUACAUUACACAAUUUCGCAUGUUCGUAAUUUCCAGAUCAUCUUCUAAUGCAUCCACUUACCGAUGAAUCCAUUUAGCGCUGUCAUUCUCUCAAAAUAAAUACUAGUAUCAUUUUCAAAUAGCUGCUUUAAUUCGAAUUGUAGCAAAUUUUAAAGAUAUACAUUUCCUUAAAUAUGGAGUGCAGGUGCCUGCAAUCUAGCAAAUAUCGUAUAUUUAGCUAGAGAUAAAGAUAUCUUAUAUAAAUAGCCUGAAAGUUUUCAAAAUAUGGAUUUCUAGCAGAAACCUAAAAAACACCAUGUGUUGAUAAAACCAUUCAUAAAAAUAUCUUACGUAGAUAGUAUAAAAACUAAGAAGUUCUUUUAACUAUCAAAUAUCGUAAGACAUUUUACCUCGCUUUUAAUUAUAAGUAAUCAAAAAUAUCGACUGCUACAACUUAUUUGAAAAGUAAAAUUGUACGAAAACAUAGAGUUAUGACUUCAUCAAAUAUUGGACUCAUAUUGGUAAU